UUCAGUCACUACGGUAAGACUAGCCUGUGAGGCCGGAGAUGAUCGGAGCAAGCAGAGGAACACAGAGGAACACAGAGGAACAGAGCAGAAACUCAGCGAGCUCAUGUAAAUAUUGUUGAUGUUUUGAUGAUGAAGAUGAUGAUGAUCUUCAUCUUUCUCUGACUGAAGCUCCUGAUCGAGCUGAAGGAAAGCGGAAACAGAAGACUAAAAUGACCCAUGUGGUGACCUGUGAAAUGUAAAUGGCUUCCAAAGUGCGUGAUGCUGUGGUGUGGUACCAGAAGAAGAUUGGUGCAUAUGACCAGCAGAUUUGGGAGAAGUCUGUGGAACAACGAGAAAUUAAGGGUCUGAGGAACAAACCGAAGAAGACGGGCCAUGUGAAACCAGACCUGAUUGACGUGGAUCUGGUGAGAGGCUCUGCUUUUGCUAAAGCGAAGCCAGAAAGCCCGUGGACAUCUCUAGCACGGAAGGGGAUCGUUCGUGUCGUCCUCUUCCCGUUUUUCUUCAAAUGGUGGAUCCAGGUGACGUCCAGAACCAUUUUUCUGCUUCUGCUGUCCCUCUACCUGCUCCAGGUGCUCGCCACCGUGUUGUUUUUCAGCAUCUCACAUCCCCAUGAUAUUCCAGCCAUCGAGGUGUUUGGAGCUUUCUGGCUCAUGCUGCUGUUGGGCACGGUGCACUGCCAGAUCGUCUCCACGCGCACCCCCAAACCCGCGCCCAGCGCCACCGUCAAGAGAAGAAGGAAGUUAAGGAAGGCAGCACACUUGGAGGUGCAUAGGGAAGGCGAUGGCUCUAGCACUACUGAUAACACACAGGAGGGGGCGUCGCUCUCACCGGGCUCCGCCCACACUCACAGUCUCGCUGCUUUCUUCAGAGAUUUCUGGCAUAAUGUCUUUAAAUCGGGGUCUAAAAAGUUCAAGCUAUCCAUUGAUAAGUCCACAGAGACGGAUAAUGGCUACGUGUCUCUGGAUGGACGCAUCACCAGUAAGAGCAGUGAGGAGAGACUGCAGCUCCAUGAGCCUCACUGUGACCUGCUGCGCUCUGAAGAACUGAGCUGGACUGGAACACAGCCUCGAAACAAACUGCUCUCUCCCAGCAGUAAGUGUAUUCAGGAGGGUCACAUGCAUAACGUAGAGAACAUGUCUGAUGAGGCCUCAAGUGAAGAAGAUCCUGAGAACUACAGCACACUGCGCAGGGGCAUGGAGCGCAUACACCCUGAGUGCACACUGCGCAACCGCAAAACACACCACUACAAAAAACACUAUACAGCAGUGGAGGAGAUGCAGAAGUUGGGGACGAGUUGUAGUUCUCGCUGCUCCAGUCUGCGCACUCAGGACUCAGAGAGCAUUCGGCACGAGUCUGAGACCGAGGACCUGCUGUGGGAGGACUUUCUGCACUGCGCCGAGUGUCGCUCAUCCUGCACCAGUGAGACUGAGGGGGAGGGGUCUGCCGUCUGCCCCGCCUCCAAAAAAGAGUACCGGGACGACCCCUUUCUGCAGGGCCAUUCGCCGUGGCUGCACAGCUCGAACCCGGGGCUGGAGCGUGUGAGCGCCAUCGUGUGGGAGGGGAACGAGUGUAAGAAGGCGGAUAUGUCAGUGCUGGAAAUCAGCGGUAUGAUCAUGAACAGGGUGAAUCUGUACACUCCGGGAAUUGGUUAUCAGAUCUUUGGAAACUUGGUGGCUGUGACUCUGGGACUCACUCCUUUCGCCUACAGACUUUUCCAGUAUAAAGACAUGGAGCAGCUUUCUUCUCUGUCUGCCUGUGAGAUGAUCUCCAUCGCCUUCGGCUCCUCAUCUGAUGCCAUGGUGAUUGCGAUGGUGUCCGUGAGCUUUGUAGUGCGUGUCUGUCUCAUCUGGCUCUUCUUCUUUCUGCUCAGUGUGGCUGAAAGAACAUACAAGCAGAGACUGCUCUUUGCGAAGCUUUUUGGUCACCUCACCUCAGCACGCAGAGCUCGAAAGUCUGAGGUGCCUCAUUUUCGCCUGAAGAAAGUGCAGAACAUUAAGAUGUGGCUUUCACUGCGCUCCUACUUGAAGAGGCGUGGUCCACAGCGUUCAGUAGAUGUCAUCGUGUCUUCUGCCUUCCUCCUCACUCUCUCAGUGGUCUUCAUUUGCUGCGCUCAGUUGCUGCACGUUCAUGAGACAUUUCUGGAGUUCCACUAUAACUGGGAGCUGGUGAUCUGGUGCUUCUCUCUCUCUCUCUUCCUGCUGCGCUUCAUCACACUGGGCUCCGAGACCAGCAAGAAGUACAGCAACACCUCCAUCCUACUGACCGAGCAGAUUAAUCUGUACUUGAAAAUGGAAAAGAAACCAAACAAGAAAGAGGAGCUGACCCUCGUCAACAAUGUUCUAAAGCUGGCCACCAAACUGCUGAAGGAGUUGGACACUCCUUUCCGUCUCUAUGGUUUGACCAUGAACCCUCUGUUGUACAGCAUCACUCAGGUGGUGAUUUUAUCUGCAGUGUCAGGAGUCAUCAGUGACCUGCUCGGUUUCAAUGUGAAGCUUUGGAA